CUCAAUUCAGCAGAGGGGUCAAUGUUUGCUAAUAAUUUAAUCAAGGCCUAACCACCAGGCAUUAGGUACUCUUCGUUGUUAGUUAGUUACCUGGCCAUGAUUAUACAUUGGCUACAACUAUGUUAUGCCCCUAUUAUUGCCUGGUUAUAUAGUGGUUAUAUAGUGGUUAUAUGGUGCCUGGAUUAGCUGGAUAAACUAGCGGCGGGACCAUCGGCGACCGACCGACCCACAGUCCUAGCAAGCACAUGUCACCACCACCACAACAGCACACUGCUAGAACCAACAAUGACGCUUAAAGCAGAGGUCUGAAUGGCUACUUCGCGAGGCUGUGGGUGUGUUUGUCACCAACGGCAGAUACGUAUUUGGUAGACAAGCCAUUCACCGUCGUGCCGGGUACGUUAUAUAAGAUGAUGCGAAAUUCCACUACAAUGUCGUUCCUUCUCGUGAUAUACGUGACAUACACCUUUGUUUAUUGUUUCCAAUAAUCCUUCCCAACUGGCACAAAUUCCUUCCCUUGUUAUAGGUAUCUUGUCAGGAACAAUGGCCAGCACAGGAGCGCUACCGGGGACCCCUGCCGAGUGGAAGGCCAAAUCCGAGUCUUUAGGAUGGAAGACUAUUCAUGAGUAUGGGUUGGGUAAUUCUAGCUCGAAGAUUACUGAAGACCAGUUUUUGCUGCUCCGUACUUUAUGGGUGAAAUACACACCAGAUGAUCUCUACAGACGCGAUAGGGCUCUCUGGAUAGAUAAGUCCAAUUUCGAACUUGCGCAGAAGUUCCUAUCCUCAAGUGCCAUAGCACCCACCUGGAAGAAAUUUCUCGAUUCCACCAGCACACCCCCAGAUACCCUUGAAAAACAGGGUUAUGAUGGUCUUCAUACGUUUUCUCUGGUCAGAUACCAUCAGAUCCAGUCGCAGGGCUUGAAGUCCAACGAUCAUGAUAGUGUCAAGGUGGACAUGAGUCCAAUUGCCAAGAGAACAAGAAAUCGGAUCAAGCAAAGAGUCGCCGCUCAAUCGUCUCCAACUCCUGGUCCAAAGCUCACAGGUCUAUCAAAAAGUUUAGAAGCACUAGAUAUAACCAAAUCCAACCCCAACCAGCCCCCUACUACACCAGAUAGGGGUGGGGGUGGUUCUAAUGCUUCAUCUAGUCCACCAACACCAGCGGACUUUUCCUCUCCAUUUGAGGAUCCCAGAAUAUUUGAAGCCAUUCAGGAUGAGCAAAUUGUGAAUACGGCUCUUAUCGAAUACCUUAACGCCUUAGCGAUACACUGCAAAGAUCUCAAAGCGAACUGGAGUUUGCGUCGUCUGCCCUUGAUCACGCGAGAUCAUCAGGGACAAAAGAUAUACGAAGCAAGGGUAGAUGGCUGCCUGGAACGACGAACAGAUCGGAAGCCCUUGGCAGUCAUUGAGGUCAAGCCGUUUGUCAGAAAAAAGAAGCUAGGAGAUAUCAGGAUGCAGGAGAGUGCGCAAAUGGCCGCAUGGAUUAACAGUUAUAGGCCGUUGAAUACAGACCCGAAACAAGAGAACAAGCGUCUCAUGAUCUCACAGGAUCGUCAUGAGAUUUAUCUUACUUUCGCAGUGUUCGGUGCAGAUUAUGUCGAUUACAUCUGCGAUAAGCAGGGAAUUGAUUACAACAAGCCCUCAUUCCUUCAGAUGAACGAGUACGGUCCAUUUGAUGUUGGUAACCGAAAUGAUAUGGAGAUGCUAGGCGAACUUGUCCUAGGCUAUGCAUUGGCCGAAUCCCAGUGAUAGCUACGGUGGUACAGGACUUUGGUGAAAAUUACAAUGGUAAUUAUCAUUUAUGUGGUGUGCAGAAGGUCGUCAUCGGAUCAGUACGCGACUGUUGCCAGGGUAUUUCAGCUGGCCGCGAUAUUUGCACACUGUAUACUUCGAAAAGCGCACCAAAAUUAGGGGUUUGCAUAGUGUAAGGUUAUCGUGGGUUAUUAACAAGUGUCUUUUUCAACCAUGUAUUUUAAAAGUACAACGUUAAUAAAAUCGUUAAGUUCGG